AUGCCUUCAGCGACAGGAUCACAGUGGGAGAAAUAUACGAAGAAGUUCGCCGACGACGAGAUAGAAGAGAAGAAGAUCACACCUCUCACCGAUGAGGAUAUUCAAGUAUUAAAGACCUACGGUGCGGCACCAUACGGAGCUGCUCUCAAGAAGCUCGAACAACAGAUCAAGGAGCGCCAAACCAGCGUCAACGAGAAGAUCGGAGUGAAGGAAUCUGACACUGGAUUGGCACCACCUCAUCUAUGGGAUGUCGCCGCAGACAGGCAGCGGAUGUCCGAGGAGCAGCCCCUGCAAGUCGCAAGAUGUACGAAGAUCAUCCAGGACGAUAAGGAUGCCGAGAAGAGCAAAUAUGUCAUCAACGUUAAGCAAAUAGCCAAAUUCGUCGUGAACCUUGGAGACAGAGUCAGUCCUACAGAUAUCGAGGAGGGCAUGAGAGUUGGUGUCGACCGAAACAAGUACCAAAUUCUGUUACCUCUCCCUCCGAAGAUCGAUGCCAGCGUUACAAUGAUGACUGUCGAGGAUAAGCCGGAUGUCACAUACGGCGAUGUCGGAGGCUGCAAAGAGCAAGUUGAGAAGCUUCGUGAAGUCGUUGAGAUGCCCUUGCUUUCACCAGAACGAUUCGUCAACCUUGGUAUCGACCCACCGAAAGGCGCCCUGCUCUAUGGACCUCCAGGAACCGGAAAGACUCUUUGCGCCAGAGCUGUGGCCAACAGAACCGACGCCACAUUUAUCAGAGUUAUUGGAAGUGAGCUGGUUCAGAAGUACGUUGGAGAGGGAGCAAGAAUGGUCAGAGAGCUGUUCGAGAUGGCUAGGACGAAAAAGGCAUGCAUCAUUUUCUUCGACGAAAUCGAUGCCAUCGGAGGUGCUCGUGUGGACGAUGGUGCAGGAGGUGAUAAUGAAGUCCAGCGAACUAUGUUGGAGCUCAUUACUCAGCUGGACGGUUUUGAUGCCCGAGGAAAUAUCAAGGUUAUGUUCGCUACCAACAGACCAUCGACGCUGGAUCCUGCACUUAUGAGACCUGGACGUAUCGACCGAAAGAUCGAGUUCUCCCUCCCAGAUCUCGACGGCCGUGCAAACAUUCUUCGAAUCCACGCCAAGAGUAUGUCUGUGGAGCGUGACAUUAGAUGGGAGUUGAUUUCACGUCUCUGCCCCAAUUCAACAGGUGCCGAGCUUAGAAGUGUGUGUACAGAGGCAGGCAUGUUUGCCAUUCGUGCCAGACGCAAGGUUGCCACAGAGAAGGACUUCCUGAGCGCGGUUGACAAGGUUAUCAAGGGCAACUUGAAGUUCAACUCUACUGCUACUUAUAUGCAAUACAACUAG